CCGUCCGUCUUAACUGUGUCACACUGCCGGAAAAUGGCAUUUCUUUGCCCACUAAAAUUCAGGUUAGCCAGACUGGCGCUAUGGGUUCUCUGCGCACUAUUGGUAGCAGUUGACGGUCUCGUACAAGGUUCAGACACAGUUUCAGCCGCUGUAACAGUAGUGCUGAAUUCGCGACAAGAAACGAGAAGCUUUCGGGAAGACGUGUGGUUGCAUAGUGGAGACGCAUUUGAUUUGAUUGAUAAGACAGGUGGUGCAAUGAUUUAUCCAACGACGUAUUCCUCGCAAGCCUUCCGGUUUAUAAACGGGAAGUGUGAUGUAUCUCAGCCCGUCAACUACGUUGAAAUUUACCUAGAUAUCGAUAAGAACCAUGUCUUUUGGAACAAGAAGAGUGCGGCUUCACAUCCUAAUGUAGACAACGGCAAUCCGAGCAAAGGGAAUCACACGCCAGUGCCCACCAGGUACAGGUUCACAAGCCCUUCGUCGGAUGAAACCGUUCCGGACUUCUGUUUCAUAUUCGUUAUUCCCCCUUCCUCCUCUGAAGUGGGGGAAGUGUCCUCCGAGCUACCCCAGUCCGAUGUACAUGGACCUGGUGGUACCGUCGUAGAACAUUCGUACGGUUCUGCGGACAUCUCGAAGAUUUCACUGCAGGGUAAAUCUUCGCUAUCGAGGAAAGGGACUACAGAAGAGCAAAAAAGCCCUCACACCGUUGCCAAACACACCAUCGAAAAGACUGAAGAAGCACCACAGAGAAGGCUUCAUCCAGACUUUGCCUUCGACGAAGAUCCAGAUGAAAAUGAAUCCGAGGACACCGUUUUUGCCAUCAUCAACGACGAGGAACGCGCCUACAUGUUUCGUCGCCUGCGAGCUGUCGAGGCAGACGAACUCGAUUCUGAGCUACACGGCCACAUGACAACUCUAGUCGUUCAUUCUAUCCGCGGCAAAAGGAAAGAUCAUAAAUUAAGAGGCGCCCACAGUGCGUAA